ACCUAUAAAUAAAAACCCUAACCCCUCAUUCUCUCUCCUUCUACUCAUCCUUCUCUCCUUUCUCUCUCCUCACAAACAUUUCAAUUCGGUUCAUUUCCAGACUCGCUCCAACAAUCUCUUCCACCUUCGCCCUGAGAUGUCCGUGCUGCAAAAUUAGGUUUGGAGGGUAGAAGUCAGAUAUAAACGAUUAUUAGAUUUUUUUGAAACGAAUUUGUGUAUCGGUGAAGAUGGGUGAUGCAUUUGAUGAUGAAGUAGAGCAAACUGUUUCCAUCCAAGAGUAUCUCGAGGACGUUGAAGAACGAGAGCUGGAAGCAGAUUUGGUUUUAGGAGGUGACGAAGGGAAGGAGUGUACUUAUAAUAAUGGUUACAUGAAGAGACAAGCAAUUUUCUCAUGCCUGACAUGCACCCCAGAUGGGAAUGCUGGAGUUUGCACUGCUUGCAGUUUAUCUUGCCAUGAUGGCCACGAGAUUGUUGAGCUAUGGACAAAGAGAAACUUUAGGUGUGACUGUGGAAAUUCAAAAUUUGGAGAGUUCUUUUGCAAGCUUUUCCCAAAUAAAGAUGUAGAGAAUGUUGAGAAUUCUUACAAUCAUAAUUUUAAAGGUUCAUACUGUACAUGUGGUCGCCCCUAUCCUGAUCCUGAGGCUGAAGAACAAGUUGAGAUGAUUCAGUGUUGUGUAUGCGAAGACUGGUUCCAUGAAGAGCAUCUUGGUCUUCAAUCUUCUGAUGAGGUGCCUAGAGAUGAGGAAGGGGAACCUUUGUAUGAGGAUUUUAUAUGUGGGGCAUGCUCGGUUGUUUGUUCUUUUAUAAGACUAUAUCCUCGAGCCAUAUGGGCAGUAGAGAAGCAGCCUGCUGAUAUUGUUAGUGUGAGCAAGGAUAAAAAUGUUGUGGAAGAUACAGAAUCUGGCUGUAAAUCUGGAGAGAUUGAAAAUAACACAUCUCCCAAAAAGGAUUGUGUGCUGGUUCCUGCCAAAUCUGAAUCUGUUCCGUGUGGGGAGGGUUCGCAACUAGGAGAAAAUUCUGGAAAGGACAUAGAUUCAAAGCCUGAUAUGGAUGCUAGUCCACAUGCAAUUUGUGCUCUUGGUGUUGAUCUGCUAGUUACUGCCCUUGAGUUAGAGAGGAAGCCAAUGUUUCUUUCAAAAAGCUGGAGGGAUUCCCUUUGCAGAUGUGAAAAAUGUAACGACUACUGCAAACAAAAGGGACUUGUUUUUCUUCUUGACAAGGAGGACUCUAUUGCAGAGUAUGAAAAAAUGGGAAAGCAGAAGAGGGAGGAGAAGUUGCAGAAACAAGAGGGAGCUGAGUUAAGUCUACUUGAUAACCUUGGUCAUGUGGAAAAAAUGGAAAUUCUGAAUGGCAUUGCGGAUAUGAAGGAUGAAAUUCGCACUUUCCUGGAAUCGUUUGAUUCUUCGAAGCCGAUUACUUCUGAUGAUGUCCACCAAGUGUUUGAGAAUCUAGCAAAGAAGCGCAGGCGUGUAUAGUGAGUUUAAUUAGAUUUUUACUAAUGUUCUAUGCAUGUGUUAAUUAUCAGAAUGUUCGAUGCUUGAGACUAGACUUAGUCCAGAUUCAGAAACAUUAAGAAAGCUGUUCAUGUUUAAGGCUUUUCUUAAGCAGAGUGCUUUUUCUUCGUUUAAACAGUUUUUAUUCCAUGUACUUAUCUAUCAAGGACCUAAAGAGUCAUUUAGGCAUGCCUAAUUCAACUGCUGAAAAUGAAGUGCUUACUUUGAACACAUCAAA